CAAACUCGUUUUAGAGGUCGGAAAGAGUGGCCUACUCAAAAUGUUCUAGCUUCAUCUGGGUGGGAAGGGACUGCAUCUGAUUCAAGGAUUUUAAAAGAUGCAUUGGCUAGACCACAUGGGCUUGUAAUACCGGAAGAGAAAUUCUAUCUCGGGGAUGGUGGGCUAAUGUUACGUGCUUCGUUAUUAACACCAUACAGACGUGUUCGGUAUCACUUAAAGGAGUAUUCACGUAAUGGUCCUAAGAAUGAUAAAGAAUUGUUCAAUCAUCGUCAUGCUAAGCCACAAUAUUCUUUCAGCACAACUACCAACAUUAUCCUAGCUUGUUGUAUCAUACAUAACUUUCUUAUGGGAGUCGACCUCGAUGAGCAGCUAAUUGCAGAAGUUGAUCGAGAACUAGAGAGGAUCCAAAGGCAAAACGAGCCACAAUGUGAAGAGGAAUCAAGAGUUGGGAUAGAAUUACGUGAUAGUAUAGUAGAACACAUGUGGCAUGAUUAUAAUAUGCAACAAGGUUGA